AUGUCUCGCCCAUACUACCACAACGAUGAGCACCAGCAAUACGACCACGGCCAGCAACACUACCCCCACCACCAGCAGCAGCAGCAGCAGCAGCCAUACUACCCGCAGGAUGACUUCAUCGACCAAUACCAGCCCCAUCCGCAAGACUUCCACCACCAGUAUCCGCCCCCGCCCGACUCAUAUCACCACGCCUAUCCCGACCACCAGCAUCCUCCCACCACCUACCCCCCUGACCACCACUACCAUCCUGACGAAGCCUACCAUCCCGACUACGACCCCGCCUACGCCCUCGACGAGAAGUAUCCCCAGCCCGAGCUCUAUGCCCCCUCAAGCCCUCACCCCGCCAUGAACCACCCCAGCGAGCCCCCCGCCAUGAACCAGUUCAGCAGCACCAGCACCUUCGCCAAUCCCACCCGGGGGAGCGUCGCCGCACAGAUGGCUGCCGAGGGCGCGAUCCCUGAGAAAGCCGGCCUCAGAAUGUGGAGAUCCGACGAACACAGCGGGGCGUUCACUCGGGGCGGAAAAUCGCAGUCGUGUCGGCGCUGCUGCUGCUGCACAACCAUCGUCAUUGUCCUUCUCAUUGUCGGCAUCGUCGCUGGAUUUCUCCUCUGGGUCAGGCCGCCUAAUGCUACUUUUAACGGGAUCGCUCCGCCGACGGCUGGCAACCAAGUCGAUCUGCAACCGAACGGCUUCCUGCUGAACUUUGAUCUCAACAUCGGCGUGACAAAUCCGAAUUUCUUUGGCGCCUCAUUCUCCAAGAUCUCCGCCAAGGCCUACUACCCGCUCAACAAGACGGCCGCGCUGGGCGGCGGCGAGCUAGAGAACGUGGACAUCAAGCCCCACUCCAACACCACCAUCAACUUCCCCUUCCAGAUCAAUUAUACCACCUCGCUCGACCCCAAUCGGGCCAUCUUAGCCGACAUCGCCAGCCGAUGUGGCUUCCUCGGCAACGCCAAAAAUAAGUCUCCUCUCCCCCCUCUCAUUCUCUCAUAA